CAUUCACGAUGACCUCCCUGGUGCAACCCAAUCACCAAGAUACUACGAAAUUCCUCCUGAAUGGUGGCAGCAGCCCCGUGGUCAACAAAACCGGUACCGGCGAAAAGGACCUCACGGAGCAGACAAAAAUGACCUCCUGUGAGAACGCUUCGGAGUGUGGGGACAACAAGACGAAUUUGAUCGUCAAUUACCUCCCACAGUCUAUGACACAGGAGGAGAUUCGAGUAUUGUUUGCUGCAGUGGGCAAGAUUGCUAGUUGCAAGCUCAUCCGUGACAAGACCACAGGUCAGAGUCUGGGAUACGGAUUCGUCAACUUUGUGGAUGCCGAAGAUGCCAGAAAAGCCAUUAAGCUUUUCAAUGGAAUGCGUCUGCGCAACAAAAUAAUCAAGAUGGGGCAACUCUUAAGAGUUAAUGCUCUCGCUGUCGUGCCUGGUGCUUUCUGUGUCAUGACUGCUGCCUACACCAACGCCUACCCUUCCUUUUUAUUCGCCCCCGCCCCCUUUCCCCAAGCAUCCUUUUCUGCUCCCUUUAUUCUCCUCUUCAGCUACGUUAACUCAAUGAAUGUCUCACUUGCUCGUCCCAGUAGUGAAUCAAUCAAGGGCGCCAACCUCUAUAUUUGCGGCCUCCCAAAGUCUAUUGGUCAGAAGGAUCUAGAGGCGCUCUUCAGUCGAUGUGGGAAGAUAAUCACUUCGCGACUGCUGGCAGAUCCAGUAACCGGUGCUUCCAAAGGCGUGGGUUUCAUCCGGUUUGACCAACGUUCCGAGGCGGAGGCAGCUAUCCAACAACUGAACGGUUAUCAGAUUCCCGGCAGCAGUGAACCCAUAACCGUUAAAUUUGCCAACUGCCCCAGCCCCAACAAACUCCUCAACGGCCUCGUACCCAACACUCUGGCUGUUGACGCCCUGCUCAAUGCCUCGGCGGCUGCCGCCGCUGCCGGACUCCCC